UGGCUGGUCAACAAUAAUGCCAGCUAAUGUCAACUAUUGAAAGAGCGUCCCAGCUGUCGUCUGGGCUUUGUGUAUCGAGCAGACGACCGGUAUAGAUUGUGCGAGCGUGUAUUGAGUCACGUUGGGAGGUUUGAAUUUCACACGCGUUCCACUACGGAAUAUCAUGUAAAGACACACUCGGACUGGACUUAACUGUCUGCAUUUUGGAAAUUUUUCUUAUCGUUUCAUGGAUUGUGGAUUCAACUGAACCUUGCCAGAAUCUCCACAUUUUAACCAACAAAGAUGGCUUCCUCAAAAAUGUACUUGGGCUUUUCCCUUUUGGUGAUCGUCUGCUUCCUGUCCUGGUUUCCCGUCCCAUCUGUAUCCGUAGACCACUGCGCCGAUGGUGAUAAAAACUGUACCGAUGCCAAUUUAUGUCCGUCAAAAUGCAAGUGCGAGGGCCCGCCAGAUAAUAUAACGGACUGUUCAAAUCAGGGCCUGGAAGCAAUACCAGAAAUAGCCGAGAUGAAUUCAUACACCAGCAUCUUUUAUCUGAAUGGAAAUAAACUUGGAACCCUUUGGAGACACACCCUACCUAUGUUAAAAGAAUACUUCGUGCAGAAUAAUAAAUUGACGCACAUUAGGGACGACGCCUUUCUCGAUAUGCCAAACAUAACCAUGCUGAAUUUGUCGUAUAAUAGUCUUGAUGAGAUUUCUGAGAGACCUCUGAAGUAUCUUUCUUCCUUGGUAACCUUGGAUAUCAGCCAUAAUAACCUAUCCGCUGUGGCGAUACACAACUUCAACGGUGAGGACUUAAAGGCACUGAAGACCCUUGACCUGUCCAAUAACAAUAUUUCAACAAUUGGACGGGAAGGCUUCUACAAAUUGAACAGUUUAGUACAGUUGAACUUGUGUCACAACCGCCUGAAGACGGUAGACACAGGGAUGCUCCUAGGCCUAUCAGGCCUCAGCUCACUUUACCUUGACAAUAACAACAUCAACCACAUCGUGAACAAAGCUUUCCAACCAUUGUGGAGUGUAACGACCUUGACCUUGAACAACAAUGACCUCACUGGCCUUGACAGAUUGACCUUCUUCAAUAUGAAUAAAUUAGAAUCCCUAAACCUCGGCUACAACAUGCUGGAGAAAGUCCCAUCGGAGUCUUUACGUGAACCAACCUUUCUCAAGAAACUAAUUCUGGACGGGAACCAAAUUGAAAAGAUCGAAAAAGAAGAUUUCCCACUCAACUUGAGCCCACUUGCCACACUCUCUCUGAGCGAUAUGACCGUUCUCAACCUGAUCCAUGGAAACUCCUUCGACGACUUCGAAAAGCUGAGGUCGGUCAACAUCUCGCGGAACCCCAAACUCGCCUCUUUGGCACAUCAUCUGUUCUACCGGAGUUUCCACGUGAUUCGUACGGUGGACAUCAGCCGGAAUGCCCUGACGGAAGUGGACGAGAACAUCCUGCCUUGGGACUUGCUGUUCUCAUUGGACGUCUCUGGGAACAAGUGGCGCUGUGACUGUAAUGUUCUCUGGAUGACUCACUACAGAUUCCACAAGGAUAUCAAAUGCAGCUCCCCAGCAUCUGUUGCGGACAAAAUGUACAUCGACCUCGCACACAGUGACUUCAAAUGCGACCAGAAGAAAAAUGCGUCCGAGGACAACCGGCAAGGCAUACGGAACGGAUUAGCCGCGACCGCAUUGGUGGUUUCCGUCCUUCUCGUCGGAUUCUUGGUGUACCGGUUCAGAAGUCAUUUCUUGUGCUUCAAGAAACCGGGUACUUAUAACACGCUGUAUAAUAUUUACGACCCAACGAGAGAAAAUAGUAAUAACGUUGUAAUAAAGUACAGAGGGGACCAAGAAAGGGUAGAUUCCAAGACGACGGGAGUCGAUAUGGACAAUGAGAUGAAGGCAAUAUUAUAAUUGAAAUUUUAGAGUUUCAUAAAAAAUAACUCACCAAAAUGUUUUAAAGUUGUGAAAUAAAAUAAUGGCACCAUCGGAACCUGCUCACCGAGAGCUUUCCGAUGAGUGGUCCUGUCAGGGUUUGACGAUCCCAAGUUUUUGGGGACAGUUCUAAAUAAAAGGGUUUCCUGUGGAUUCCUAGGUGUCGUCUGAAGACGGUUGACAGGAGACAAGUGACAGAUGGCAGGAGCUACCUUGUCCUGGCGACCACUUAGGUAAACUCUCGCAAAUUGGUCUGGAAAGAUUGUCAACAUUUCAGACUAUAAGUUUGUUUAAAAUUGAUGAUAUUUCAACCCCCUUUGAUUCACCUAUGUUUAUGCCAAGGGGUGAUAUCUUUCUGAAAUAGAGGUUUUUCGUUCUUCAUUCAUUGGUUGAACUAUAGCAAUUUGAAGGGACCAAGAUAUUUUCGUAGAUUUUUAGCAACAGAAACUGCUUCUCCAUUAUGUUUUUGCCAAGACGCUUGUAUUCGUAGUUGUUGUGCAUUGAAUAAGGCCACUGGUCCAUAUCACCUCCAAUACACUGGGGUAGGUACUUAGUGAUUGUAACUGCCGAACAACCAUCAUCGGCUACAUUUGCAAAACUUGAGUGAAUAUUAUUUUACAAUUUUUUCGAGAAAGCAGCCAACUGAAGGGAGCUAGUGCAAUGUAGAGGCUUUUCCAUUUAUUUCUGUCAAUGGAAUUUCGACUAAAAAAAUUAAAGUUUUGCUAUAUUAAUUUUCUCUAAUCAAUGUUUUUAGCGGAAAAAACGACCGCGGAAAUUAGGUGUUUUACAGUAGCUUAGCUUCGUGUAACUUGUCACAAAACGCUUACGGCAAAGGGGAGUUUUGAAUGGCCCGGUAAAAACCUUAGGCCAGAAUAAGCUUUGCCUACUUCAUGACGGGCAGCCCUCCUCUCAGUAAAGUGCACUUACUUUCCAUUGCUGCUGCCAUUUAAUUGAGAUCUGUUCAGUAGGGUAAUAUCCUACUGGCCACGUAAAUCCCAUGCCCAGGUUAUCCCUUUAGGUACCUCGUGUAUAUGCAUGGGCACAUGUAUAUAUGCAUAUUUUUAUCUGUAAAUAGCUAAAUGUUUUAAUAUAAAUGACUGUUGUAAAGAUUAUGAUGAUUUGUAUAGAUUCUGCAACCUUAUAUCAAAAUGUACAAUGACAAUGUAAUGCUUAUAUCUAUAAAUUUAUAAUCCUUAAGAACGCCAGUUGUUUGUUCCCUUGAAAUACGUUUUUUUUUGGGGGGGGAUAAAUGGCGAAUUUUGAUAAUUGUUUCAAAUAAAGAGAAGUCAGUAAGUCGUUUUUCGUGAAAUGGACUAUAGAUAGCUUUAAUCCCUUGAACCCCGGGCUCCCAGACGCAAGUGCACCCCCAUCCCGGGCUCCCAGACUAAAAUUCACAAAAAAGGGUAAAAAGUCGGUAAAAGAUUUAUUCUUUGACAUGAAUGAUUCUGGUAUGACAAUAAGAGGUGUGGUAAUAAGAGGUGUGAUAAUAAGAUGUAUGAUAAUAAAAAGCUCUACCCUCUUACUCAAUCUUUUUCUGAAGAAAUAUUUUUCCUUUUUCCUUUUUACUCCCUUUUCUCCAUCAGGGACGAGUGGAUACUUUUGCCAGAGCAGGUCAAUGAUAUCACCUUUAAUAGAUACUGAGAGAUGCUUUUAUGGUGGUUUCGAGUUAAAAAGUAAUAUACUGUGUACUCUCAAUAAUGAGCCAGGGUGUUUAGAACCAGUUUAGCAUAUUUCUUCAAGUGAAAAAAUAUAUGGUAAGGUGUUAAAGGAAAAAGGCCUAGGCCCCACUUAAUUAUGUAGACACAAUAGACAUCUGUCAAACUGUACUUCAAAACCAUCCACACCCUACGAGUAGAAUCUCCUUACCCAUUCAAUGUGGCAUUUAGACGCUAAGCUUUUCUAACACUAUAUUUUGUUAAAGGGAUUAUGUUUUGUAAAAGAAUAUUUUUAAGAAUAAAUCGAAAUGGUAUGUUGGAA